UUUGUUUACACUGAAUCAGAUUACCAGCUGAUUGAAAUACAAGCUUUUCAUGUUGGUUUUUUUAUAAAUCUAAUUUAGUUUAUCUAACUGUCAGUUUUUAUGCUAAUUGUCAUCCCAGUUAAUUUAGUAAAAAUCAGAUGCUAGUAUUGGUUUCCAUAACUUGUUAUUUUUAACCUCUGAAUCUCACAUUUCUUCCCAAUAUGGAUAACAAAAGAAAGGUUGAAGACGAUGAUGCACAUUCGACUAAAAGCAAGAAGACUGAAAUUGGAGCUCCUCAGGAUUGUGUGAAAAAACCACCAUUAGAAGCUUACACAAAACACAUGAUGUUGAUCAAGCAAUAUCUAUCGGAUAAAAAAGGAGAAGUUCAGAAACCUAAAAGUCGUACAAGUAAGGUUGUCACUGAUUUAGACGUUUUAAAAGCAAAUCAUAAAUUUCUUUGGGACGAUGAGGAUCAAACAGAUACUUGGGAAAAGCGUGUUGCUAGAAAAUAUUAUGAUAAACUAUUUAAGGAAUAUUGCAUUGCUGAUUUGAAACGAUACAAAGAAAAUAAAAUUGCUUUGAGGUGGAGAAUCGAAAAAGAAGUCAUCGAUGGAAAAGGACAGUUCAUUUGUGCUGACGUGAGUUGUACAGCGAAAGACUUGUUAAAAAGUUGGGAAGUAAAUUUCGCAUAUAUUGAACAUGGAGAGAAGAAAAAUGCGUUAGUUAAAAUAAGGUUAUGUCCGGACUGCUCUUAUAAAUUAAAUUAUCAUCACAAGAGAAAAGAAAUCAAGAAAAAUCGAAAAGAUGGGAAAAAUAAGUCUACUUACAAACAAGAGACUGAUAUUGAUUCUGAUGCAUCUGAUAUGGUUGGUCCAUCUAAUAGCUCAACGAAUAAGGAGUUCAACCCAGUGACAGUGAAAGAAGAAAAAGAUGAAGAUUUAGUUUGUAUUUGGAGUUCAAAUCAGCCUCAACCGAAUACCGAACCGGAGUCUAUAGAGACUGAGAUGGAUGAAUAUUUGUCAGAACUUUUCAUGUAAAUUUUGUAAAUUAAAUUUAAUAAUAUAUUCAACAUGAA